CGAAACAGGUGCAAGCGCUGGGAGCUGGGGGGGGAAGCGGGCACGCGGUGCGCUCAGGGGAGGAGGCGGAGCGGAGGUGGAGUGACGGUGACUCUGGAUCCAGACACGGCUCAUCCCCAGCUCGCCCUGUCUGAGGAUCGGAGACAUGUGAGAUGGGGACACGCCCGGCAGGAUCUGCCCGACAAUCCUGAGCGAUUUGACACUGGAUCAGUCAUAACCCUGAGAGGGGGGAGGGGGAGCAGGAAGUUGGAACAGCCCGCCAACACAGACAGCCGAGGAGUGAUUUUGGUCUGUGUGUGCCAAGCUACCAGAGCCAGCAACAUGGAGAAGGCACCUUUUGAAGAAAUCCUCUCGCUUGCACUUUCACUCCUGCAUCAGAAAAAGGACAGCGCUUCCUUGAAGUGCUGGUGAACAUUUGAGAGGACUUUUCUGCCCCACCAAAGGUACCUGAUGGACUGUAUGAUGGAGCAGGAGGAGAAGGAGGACCCUGGCAUGGCAGACUCACACUGGCCUAUGCUGCUCAGUAGAACUGGCAGAGCUGCUGGUAUUCCCUAGGUAGACUGGCACAGGGCCACAAGCACAGACUGGUGAGAUCCCAUCAGCCUGCAGACCUGGGAUGCCCAGCACACAGUCCGGAGCUCAUGCAGGAAAAAAAGGUGCUGCUCCUUUAAACAACAAACAGCUUGAAAGA